AUUGGGGGCCGCCGUUUAGAAGGCGUCGGUGUGGGAACAGAGUCCCCAAAUGGAGGAUGCACUGCCGGCGCUCCUCAUACAACAGUGCUGGCGACUAUUUGGGGGCUGCUGGUGGAGAUGCUCUAAGUGCGUGACUUGAGGUCCUAUCCAGCCUACAUCAGCUUUGAAGGGUUGAGCUAAGAAAAGUGUCGUUUCGCUCCACUGGGUACCUCGGAGGGGAUAUUUUAUAAUUUGCCACAUAUUACUUAGCCUUUUACUAUUUGCCACAUAUUACAUUAAUUUCUUUAUAAUUUACCCUAUAUCUCAUUUUUCAGAUCUAUUAUUUUUUUAAACUCACAAAUACUUAUGGAUACGAUAUAUUAUACCCCGUUUGUCCUGGGCCUUGUUGCGUGUGCCUCUAGAAUAUUUGUUUCAGCUACGGUGCCCAUGCAGCGGACACCAUGGCCGCGAACAGCAGUCUUAUAUAUACUCUCAUCGCAGAGAGUGACGGUGUUGCCACGAACAGCCGCCGAUAUGCCAUCGGCCUGUUUGCAACUGCUGCCGGCGAGGGCAUCACAUCCAAUCCUAGGCCCGGUGCCAGCGCUGCAGGGAAGGUCGUGUGAACAGGGAACCCGUACACCUUCAUGAGUGUAUGGACAGGCGCUACGGCCGCCGCCAUGGUCAUCCGGUCUGCAUGCCUUGGAGAGAGGGGUGAGGAUCAGGUGGCGCAGCGGCCGCCGCUGGUACUGCUGCCGCCAUGGUCGUCAUGCAGGAGCAGGUUGCACCGCGUGAAAACCAGAUCGUGCGGUUUCUUCAUUCGCCUUUUCCUUUCUCCCACUAGAACCAGAUGAACUUCACCUUAGCAAUUCCUUUUUUUUCGAGUGUUUCUCAGUGAUGAUACUUAGGUAUGUCGCAUCAAAAGCAGAUUCUGAAAGUCCUGUGUAGUAAAGCCUGGCUGGUUACGAGGAGAUAAAUGUGCAUGCAUACAGAUGCAAUCCUUAUCCAACUGCAUUGGGCCACGCCUAGUCCGUAAGUCAAGCGCCGUAAGUUUUAUCCGUAAGUCUAGGAUUACCGGUGGCAAAGUAUAGAAUGUCCCACCUCAGCUCGGAGGAGGGGAAUGGUAGGGUUUGCCAAAGCCUCCAACUUUAUGUGGGCGCCGAUGAAGUUGAGAUCAGGGCGUCCCUACUCCAAGCAGCUGAGCCCAGUCGGAGUCGGAGACGGAGACGGAGACGGAGAGGACCAUAUCAGUGCCCUCCCCGACGACCUGCUCUUCCUCGUCCUCGGGCGUCUCAGAUGCUUCGGCGCCGCCGUGCGGACCGGCGUCCUCUCCCGCCGUUGGCGCGGUCUCUGGUCCCGCCUCCGUCAGAUCUUCCUACGCGCGCGAUGCCCCCUUUCACUCCCUGGAGACGGCGCUCGCCCGCGUCCCUCGUCCCCCGCCGAAGGUCUCCCUCGUCGAAAUUGACCUCCCAGAGCCGCCCCGCAGCUUCAGCGAGGAGAACCUGGUGGACACCGCAAGCGUGAACUCGCUGCUCCGCGCCGCCGCACGUCUCGAUCCGGAGGAGCUCUUCUUGGUCCUCCCCUCGCUCCUCCGCGACUCCCUCCCUCUGGAGUUGCCUUGCUUCCGCAGCGCCACCUCCAUCAUGCUGGAUCUUUGUUGCAUCAUCCGCCGCGCCGCGUGCCAGCCGGCGUUGAGUUCCCCGCGCUCGAGACGCUGUCCCUGCUCAACUGCACCGCCAAUCUGGACGCCUUGCUCUCCGGCUGCCCCAGAUUGCGCACGCUCCGGCUAUCCAAAGUUGCUUUCCAUAAGCAUGUCUUGAGUGUCAACUCACCGCUGCUCCAGGAGCUAGUCGUGAACCGUGCGAGCAGGAUAAAGCAUGUCAACAUCAUUGCCCCCAUGGUAACGCAAUUGACCCUAUCAUUGGACACCUACGAGGAGCUCAGCAUUUCCAUCUUGGCACCAAUGGUGGAGAAAUUCUCGUGGGACUGCUUUUUCUCCCACUAUUCCUCUAGUGCUAGUGGGUUUGGUCUUUGGCACCUCCAGCGUCUGAGCCUACCGACGGCAGAAACACAAGGACAUCUCCCUUCACUGCACAUCCAUGGCUGCGCCACCAGCUGUUUUAAUCAUCAUGAAGUGGCCAACUUUAAGCAGCAGAUAGAGGAGCGAUUGAUUGCUGCCUUCUCUGUUUUGGAGCUACAUCUCACAACGAAUGGGCAUGUUUAUGGAGCAUUUAUGUCUCAUGUCCUUGAGAUCAAUGAAAUUCGUUGUGCUAUACAGAGGCUUCAUGUCGACCUAGAGAGACCGCUGAUGGAAGAAGGAUGCCCGCCAGAUUGUCCAUGUGAGCCCACAUACUGGAAAUCCCAAACCAUAUCUUUGACUGCUCUGGAAGAAGUGGAAAUCAGCGGCUUUGGUGGAAAGGAUCAUGACUUUGAUUUGCUGAAACUGAUACUCAGGUCUGCACCUAUCCUGAAAAGAAUGACUAUGAAACUUUCACAGGAGGCCUCGGCAAGUGACGAAGGAGGCACAGAAGUAUACAACAUCUUCAAAGCGUAUUCUUCUGUGCAAUGUUAUGUUCAUAGCUCCGGGUUAAUGCAUGACAGCCCAGAUUGCUCAUCAACAUGAUUCUCAUCCUUACAUUUGCAAACUCAGUGGGUAAUGCGUGGCGGUCAAAUUUGUGCAUGGUUACAUUUCUGGAUCCAUGGUGUGCAUCGACAAGAUUAUCCUUUCCCAUGAGUACCAACUCCUUAUAAUAUCAUUUGGUUUCAGAAUUUAGCCUGCUUGCUGCAACAGUUAGAAUAGGUGGUGCUGUUUUGUCAGUGUGCACUAGAAGUGCUGCACCCUUAGUAGCAAUCAGCUGUUGAAGUAAGAAAAGUUAUUUUCCUGAACCCAUGUCAGCCAUGUGCUCCAAGUGAUCUCUGUUUUGAUGCUUGCUGAACCAGAUUAUCUCACUCUCUUAA